UAGCCAAAGUGGCAAAUCAUUUUUUGACGCACUCAAGCUGGGCUGAACUCAACGCUCGUGCACGCAGGAAACUGGGCGGCGCCCGCAUAUAAAUUCUCGGCCAAAGCUCUUCUCUGGUCCUGCGCUUUCCAUCUGCUUCCACCUACAGUUGUCUGCAUUUGUGUAAAUCCCCGCCGGAACCAUGCCUUCAGAACUGGAACGCGCCAUGGAGAUGCUGAUCAGUGUCUUUCACCGCUACGCCGCCAAGGAGGGCAACAGCAACUCCCUGAACCGCGCCGAGCUCAAGACCCUGAUGGAGAGCGAACUGUCUGGGUUUCUCAAAUCCCAGAAGGACCCUGAUGCGGUGGGCAGUAUCAUGAAAAGCCUGGAUGACAACCGAGAUGGGGAGGUGGACUUCAAGGAGUUUGUGUCCCUGGUGGUGGGGCUCUCCAUCGCCUGUGAGCAGUGCUACCAGAUGCACCUGCUGAAGCAGAAGGGCAAGAAGUGAAGGAGGAACAAUGGAGAGACAGCGUUAACUUUGCAGGAAGCCAAAUAAACACUGACCAUCCUCAGAACCUAUAGCCGCUUUUGCUUUUUUUGUGUGUGUGUCUCUGUAUCUGGAUUUCUGUGUGCCACUGUCUGUGCUUCUAUGGUAGGGGUGUGAAAAGUGAUCGAAUUGCAUAUGUAUUCUCAUUCACCACGAACAGCCGUAAUCACCUUGCAUGUUUCUUGAUGCUUCUGUGUGCAACCAAAAAGUAUCGUCACUAGAGUUAGAUUUUUUUUUCUUCUAUAUUCUGUUGUGUUUUUAUACCUUGUGGCACGUUGAAGAUCAAACGCUUUUGUUAGCCUUAGUGGUAGCAGUCAUGUAUAGAACGCCAUGUUGAAUUGUGUGCAUGAGAUCAUGUAGUCUUUGUCACAGAACAGUGGAACAUUCUACAACCUGCUUUGUUACACUACACCUAGGUGCAGACUGAAAUAACCCAGCAGUGUUGGGAGAGAUGAUUGUUCUGUUUUUCAGAAACUGAAUAGUGCAGAUGUAGUCACCUGAAAUUGUGCACAAUAUAGCUAUGCAUUAUGCUCUGUCUGCCCAUUUUUGUCAAACAAAGUAAAAUACGGCUUUGCACUUGG